CCCUCGGCGCGGGCGGGGCGCGGCGGUCUCCAGGGCGACGCGGGCGCUGGGGCGCCGGGCGGGAGGCGGGCCCGCCCCCUAUUGUGUGGCUGCGGGAGCCGGGCCGCGCGGCGCCGGGCAGAUCUGGUGGUGCUCCAGGGAGCGGCUUCAUCAGGUGUUAUGUGAGCCAAGUCCUAAUCGUCCAGAAGAGUGAGAGCUGAAACCUGCCACCGAUCAGAAGGCUUUGUGGGGCUUGCUGGGCUGUGGACACCCCCGGGCCCCUCCAUCUGGGCCCCCGUGGAUAGGAGGGGCCGGGCGAGCAGGCAGCUGGGCUAUGGUUUGGUGCCUCAGUGUGGUCAUCCUCAGCCUGAUCAUCAGCCAGGGGGCUGACGGUCGAGGGAAGCCUGAGGCCGUGUCAGUGGUGGGCCAGGCUGGCGAGAGUGCGGUGCUGGGCUGUGACCUGCUGCCCCCGGCUGGCCGGCCCCCCCUGCAUGUCAUCGAGUGGCUGCGCUUUGGAUUCCUGCUUCCGAUCUUCAUCCAGUUCGGCCUCUACUCUCCCCGCAUCGACCCUGAUUACGUGGGGCGAAUCCGGCUGCAGAAGGGGGCAUCUCUCCAGAUCGAGGGGCUCCGAGCGGAAGACCAGGGCUGGUAUGAGUGCCGAGUGCUCUUCCUGGACCAGCACAGCCCUGAGGACGACUCGGCUAACGGCUCCUGGGUGCACCUCACAGUGAAUUCACCCCCUCAAUUCCUGGAGACGCCUCCCCAGGUGCUGGAAGUUCGGGAACUGGAGGCUGUGACCCUGCGUUGUGUGGCCCACGGCAGCCCACAGCCGCGUGUGACUUGGAAGCUCCGAGGACAGGACCUUGGCCAAGGCCAGGGUCAGGUGCAGGUGCAGAAUGGGACGCUGUGGAUCCGACGGGUGGAGCGAGGCAGCUCCGGAGUCUACACCUGCCAAGCCUCCAGCACCGAGGGCAGCGCCUCCCACGCCACCCAGCUGCUGGUGCUAGGUCCCCCAGUCAUCGUGGUGCCCCCCAAGAACAGCACGGUCAAUGCCUCCCAGGAUGUUUCCUUGGCCUGCCGGGCUGAGGCGUACCCCACUAACCUCACCUAUAGCUGGUUCCAGGACAGCAUCAAUGUAUUCCACAUUAGCCGUCUGCAGCCCCGAGUGCGGAUCCUGGUGGACGGCAGCCUGCGGCUGCAGGCCACCCAGCCCGAUGACUCGGGCCGCUACACCUGUGUGCCCAGCAACGGCCUCCUGCGCCCACCCUCGGCCUCCGCCUACCUCACGGUGCUCUACCCAGCCCAGGUGACAGCAAUGCCUCCUGAGACACCCCUGCCCAUAGGCAUGCGGGGGGUGAUCCGGUGCCCAGUCCGUGCCAACCCCCCACUGCUCUUUGUCAGCUGGACCAAGGACGGGCAGGCCCUACAACUGGAUAAGCUCCCUGGCUGGUCCCAGGGCCCGGAGGGCUCACUGAUCAUUGCCUUGGGGAAUGAGGAUGCUCUGGGAGAAUACUCCUGCACACCCUACAACAGUCUCGGCACCGCAGGGCCCUCCCCGGUGACCCGCGUGCUGCUCAAGGCUCCCCCAGCUUUUCUAGAACGGCCCAAGGAAGAAUAUUUCCAAGAAGUAGGGCGAGAGCUACUCAUCCCCUGCUCAGCCCAAGGAGACCCCCCUCCUGCUAUCUCUUGGGCCAAGGUGGGCCGGGGGCUGCAGGGCCAGGCCCAGGUAGACAGCAACAGUAGCCUCAUCCUGCGGCCACUGACCAAGGAGGCCCAUGGGCGCUGGGAGUGCACCGCCAGCAACGCUGUGGCCCGAGUGGCCACCUCCACACAUGUCUACGUGCUGGGCACCAGCCCCCAUGUUGUCACCAAUGUGUCCGUGGUGCCUUUGCCCAAGGGUGCCAAUGUCUCCUGGGAGCCUGGCUUUGAUGGUGGCUAUCUGCAGAGAUUCAGUGUCUGGUAUACCCCACUGGCCAAGCGUCCUGACAGAACCCACCAUGACUGGGUGUCCCUGGCAGUGCCUGUGGGGGCUGCUUACCUCCUCGUGCCAGGGCUGCAGCCCCAUACCCAGUACCAGUUCAGUGUCCUAGCUCAGAAUAAGCUGGGGAGUGGGCCCUUCAGCGAGAUCGUCUUGUCUGCCCCUGAAGGGCUUCCCACCACACCAGCUGCCCCCAGGCUUCCGCCGACUGAGAUGCCACCUCCCCUGUCACCUCCCCGAGGCCUGGUGGCAGUGAGGACACCCCGGGGGGUGCUCCUGCAUUGGGAUCCCCCGGAACUGGUCCCUGAGAUGCUGGAUGGCUAUGUCCUGGAGGGACGGCAAGACUCCCAGGGCUGGGAGGUGCUAGACCAGGCCGUGGCAGGCACGGAAAUGCAGCUGCUGGUGCCCGGACUCAUCAAGGACGUUCUGUACGAGUUCCGCCUUGUGGCCCUCGCGGGUAGCUAUGUCAGCGAUCCCAGCAAUACGGCCAACGUCUCCACUUCCGGUGAGAACCGGGCGGGAGGGCAGAGCGCUGGGCACGGGGGGCUCCAAGCCCACCGUCGCGGGCACCGACCCCCUCCCCCCCUCGUGGCCCCUCGCCCAGGCCUGGAGGUCUACCCCUCGCGCACACAGCUGCCGGGCCUCCUGCCCCAGCCGGUCCUGGCCGGCGUGGUGGGCGGGGUCUGCUUCCUGGGCGUGGCUGUCCUCGUGAGCAUCCUGGCCGCCUGCCUGACCAACCGGCGCAGGGCAGCCCGCCGCCGCCGCAAGCGCCUCCGCCAAGAUGCGCCCCUUAUCUUCUCUCCGCCUGGGAAGUCAGCUCCACACUCUGCUCCGGGCUCGGGCAGCCCCGAUAGUGUGGCGAAGCUGAAGCUCCAGGGUUCCCCAGUCCCCAGCCUGCGCCAGAGUCUGCUCUGGGGGGAGCCUGCUGGCCCCCCCAGCCCCACUCCAGAUCCUCUGCCUAGUCGGGGGCCCUUACCCCUGGAGCCCAUUUGCCGGGGACCAGAUGGCCGCUUUGUGAUGGGACCCAAUGUGGGGAGCCCCCAAGAAAGGUCAGGCUCUGAGCGAGCUGAACCUCGGACCCCCGCCCAGCACCAGGCCAGGUCCUAUGACUGCAGCAGCAGCCCCAGUGGGAUGCCCCAGCCCCUCUGCAUUGCAGACAUCAGCCCUGUGGGGCCCCCUCCCGCAGCCCCACCUAGCCCUCUGCCUGGUCCAGGACCCUUGCUCCAGUACCUGAGCCUGCCCUUCUUCCGGGAGAUGAAUGUGGAUGGGGACUGGCCCCCUUUCGAGGAGCCCGCUCCUGCUCCACCCCCAGAUUACAUGGACACCCGGCCCUGCCCCACCUCCUCUCUCCUUCACCCCCUGGACUCCGACACGGUGUCCCCCAGGGCAGCGCUUCCUGGGGCUGUGACGGGGGCCGGGGCCACCCCAGAGCCCCUGUACACAGCACUGGCUGACUGGACGCUGAGGGACCGGCUGCUGCCAAGCCUUCUCCCUGCUGCCCCUCGGGGCAGCCUCACCAGCCAGAGCAGCGGGCGGGGCAGCGCCUCGUUCCUUCGGCCCCCCUCUACGGCCCCCUCUGCAGGAGGCAGCUAUCUCAGCCCUGCUCCGGGAGACACCAGCAGCUGGGCCAGUGGCCCUGAGAGGUGGCCCCGGAGGGAGCAUGUGGUGACAGUCAGCAAGAGGAGGAACACGUCUGUGGAUGAGAACUACGAGUGGGACUCAGAGUUCCCCGGGGACAUGGAAUUGCUGGAGACUCUGCACCUGGGCUUGGCUGGCCCUCGCCCCCGACCUGAAGCUGAGCCAGAGCUAGAUGUGAAGACUCUGGAGGAGGGCGGCCUUCCGAGCGUGGCCCAUGCCCCAGGCCCUGAAGCCCGCUGCGCUGCCCUCCGGGAGGAGUUCUUGGCUUUCCGGCGCCGCCGAGAUGCCACUAGGGCCCGGUUACUGGUCUACAGACAGCCAGUCCCCCAUCCUGAACAGGCCACUCUGCUGUGAAGGCUGGGUGAAGGCACACAGGCCCUGCGCGCGAGGGCCCCACAAGACCCAGCUCUGUUUCUGCCCCCCUUUGGUGUCCAGGCACAGCCCCUGAUGGUGGGCAGGGGUGGGCUUGGUAUGAGAUGUCUGCUGGGCCCCUAGAGCCCAGGACUGAAACAGAGAUCUUAGGUCUGCCCGUGUGUGUGUGUGUGUGUUGAUGGUGAGGUGUUUGUGGUGUGGGUGAGGUUUUUUACAGGUGAAUAAAGAAAGUCUGAAAAAUG